UGCAGUAAUUUCUUUUAGUGCUUUUUAUUGGAGCACAGUUUGUUGUUGGGGGGCCGUCACCUGUGUUCUAUUUUCAAGAUGGCGGCCGAAAAAAAUGUUUUUGUUGUAGGAGUUGGAAUGACGAAGUUUGAGAAGCCGCAUACUCGCAAAUGGGACUAUCCAGAUAUGGCUCGGGAGGCUGGUGCAGCAGCACUGAAGGAUGCUGGGAUACCGUACAGCGCUGUCCAGGCGGUGGCGGCCAGUUACUGUUAUGGGGAGCCAGCAUCAGGACAGACUGCUGUUUAUGAGCUUGGCUUGAGUGGUGUUCCCGUUUUCAACACCAAUAACAACUGCUCAUCAGCAUCAACAGCCCUCAUGCUUGCUCGGCUCAUGAUCCUUAGUGGGCAGUAUGAGUGUGUUCUUGCUUUAGGGUUUGAGAAAAUGGACCGAGGAUUGACCGAGAGGUAUACAGAUCGAGUGUCUCCCCUUAAACGUCAUGUGGCCCACAUGGAGAGCUUGGGGGCCAAGCCUGAUCUAAUCAGUCCUCACCUGAAUAAAGUUACAUCUGAUGUUGUCAAGUUCUUCUCAUAUGCAGCUAAUGAACACAACAAAAAAUAUGGCACAACAUUCCGACAGUAUGCAAAAAUAUCACACAAGAACCACAAACAGAGUGUGCAUAAUCCCUAUGCAUGUAUACGAAGGGAAGUACCACUGAGCAAGGUGGAAAGUUCCCCCAUGCUGGCUGAUCAGAUCACGAUGCCUAUGUGCGCACCCACAGCAGAUGGAUCUGCGGCAGCUGUAGUCUGCUCAAGGGGUUUUAUGGAGUCACAUGGUCUGCAGAGCCAAGCAGUGGAGAUCAUAGCACAACAGAUGGCUACAGACAUGCCUUCAUCAUUUGGACGCAGCUAUAUGGAUCUGUCUGGCUAUGACAUGGCCAAAAAAGCGGCUGCUGAUUGCUAUCGCGUGUCAGGUCUGCAGGCUCAGGACGUGGAUGUGUUUGAAGUGCAUGAUUGCUUCUCGUGUAACGAGCUGUUCAUGUAUGAGGCUCUUGGUUUAUGUGGCGAAGGUAAAGGAGGCCAGCUCAUAGACGAAGCAAAAUGGCACACUAACAGUGCAGGUGGUGAGGUUUGCAAACUUGGGGGGAAAUGGGUAGUGAACCCCUCUGGAGGACUUGAAUCGAAAGGGCAUCCGAUUGGAGCCACAGGACUCGCGCAGUGUGCUGAGCUCAACUGGCAGCUUCGUGGUGUAGCCGGCAAGCGACAAGUAGAGGGUGCACGUGUCGCCAUGCAACAUAAUUAUGGCAUCGGUGGGGCUGCUGUGGUAACAAUGUACCGUGCGUAUAACAAAGGAUUGGUGUCCAAGUUAUAAGCUGGUGUCAAGAUUUUUAAAUAAAGCCCUAUCCUUGAAUAUAUAUUUAAUAGCCAUACUGACUGUUGAAAAGCAUAUGAUUUGUACGUGUUCACCUACUGUGAACGAAUUAAUAUAUCAAUCAUGGAGCUUUAUAUAAAACGAUCCUUGCCAACUUGAAGUGCCAGAGAGUCUAAAAACUACUGAAUUCCAGUUUUCAUUACAAGCUCCUGGUGACUUCAAGCCCCAUUCCUAACGGGCAACGCCCAUGGAGAACCCCGGGGAACGAGUUUUGUCAUCUCCGCGAUGACGACAUUCAAGUUCGCGUAAAUUGUUUCCGCGAGAACACCUACUAAAAACACCAAUAGAACGAUCCAGAAACUUGGAAAAAAAAACGAUACCAUGAUGCGAGGGCUAGAGUGAUCACAUGACAUCUCAGAUAUGGCCCACAUGUUUCGGACAAGAAGUGACUCGGACAGGCCGAAGCAGUAGAAGUCGACCACGCCCUGGUACCCCAUCCGGUGCACAGACCGCCUAAGGGUGAGAUGAGGAAGUACUUGAACUGCCCAGCGGGUGACGCCUUAACCUCUUUGGCUGCAAGGGAGGUCAUAACUACACCCUAACUAUAAGUAAAAUAUACUUCAAAGAGGUCUGAAACACUAAGGGACAGACUAUUCGAUAUUUAGUGGGGGAGUGGCUGAUCCCCCUCCACGCCCCCCCCCCCCUCCAAAAAAAAAGGUAGAGCAAGGCUCAAGCAUUUACUGGUAAAUAAAAUCGCCACAUCCUUAGAUCUUUAGGGGGGAACUAUCCGGAAAAAAAUCUAGCAAAAGGAAAAUAGUCACUCCCCUCGUCAAAUGUCAAAUGGUCCGACCCUAAAAAGGGUGCUAGUCUGCUCGUGACACGGAGUUUCUGAUAUGGUAUACGGCCAUUGUUGAUAUUCGUUUGGUCCGUCGCACGUGUCACUGCUCUCCUUGUAUUCUCUUUGAUCGCUACGGCGAUCUUCCGACUUCAGAUAACUAGAGAAACAAGAUAAUGGAAGCACUCCGAGUGUUGCCACGGUAACAAUGACGUCAUUGUUAUUGAAAAGGAAUUCCAGAGGCGUUCGGUAGUUUACAGUCUGCCAGUAUUUAUGUGAAUAUUUGUAUUACUUCAGUCCAAAGCGCUUCUGUAAUCCUCCCAGGAUAAUCUUAACUGAGGGGAUUGAUCACGAUAAUAACCUAAUGGCGGUUAGACUAGACAUAGAGGUGACUCUUUAUAUUGAAUAAAAAAAUUGGGAGCUCAGUCUUA